AUGUUUCAUGAAAUGAAAAAUUCAUUAUAUAAAACAAGAAAUAUAAGUUAUCCACCUGCUCUACGUACAAUUGAUCAUGUUAAUAUCGAAGGAAUUUGGAGUAAAACAUUAAAUCGUCAACAAUUUAUUUUGUAUAAUUCAAAACAUCCUAUAGUCGGGACAUUAGAAUCUCUUAAACAAUUAUCAAAAAGUGAUAAUGAUUAUUUAUUCUUUGAUGAAACGUUUAAAUCAUGUCCAAAUCCAUUCUGUCAGUUAUAUUCAGUUCAUUCGGUAAAUAGUGAAUUAUCAACACCAAAAUUAUAUACUUUAUUACCUGAUAAAAAAAAUCUUUUUGAAAAAGAAACAUGUGCACUUGCAUUUAUGCUACCACAAGAAAUUGGUAAAUUAUGGGUAAUAAUAAUGGAUGAAUAUCAAGAUAUUGAAAAAAUCCAAGCACGUCAUUUAGCAACUGGUAUAUUACCUCGACGAAAAAAGUUAUUUGUAAAUCGAAAUGUACGAUUACAUAAUUUAGAAGAACGUUUUAAACAACAAACAUUAACAUUGAAUGAAUAUCUUGAAAAGUUAUGCGAUUAA